AUGAGUACCACAGAAAAUCUAACAUCGGCACCCUCAGCAUCGAAUUCAACAGUUGAAACAAAUAAUAGAUCACGUCGUACAUCAUUGAAUCAAACUCGUCAUCAUAUUAAUUCUGUUUCUGCACCAACACAUAAUAGUAAUAAAAGUAAAACAAAUAGAAAUGAUGCUAUUAUUAAUGAUGAAUUUUCAUCAUCAAGCAGUAUGCCAUCAGCAGCAGCUCUUAAUGUAUCAUUUGCUAAAGAUGAAAAAAAAAGUUUAACAGCUUAUGAAAAACUUUUAUAUGAUUCACAAUAUGAUAUGCGUUUUAAAGCAGAAGAAAAAGCUGGUCGACGUAUUGGAUUUUAUCGUAUUCGAGGUGACAUUGGUUUAGGAAAUUUUUCUCGCGUUAAACUUGGUGUACAUCUACUUGCCAAAGAAAAAGUAGCAAUAAAAAUUCUUGACAAAACUAAACUUGAUGAACGUACUCAACGUUUACUUCUUCGUGAAAUAACUUCAAUGGAACGUUUACAUCAUCCAAAUAUUAUACGUUUAUAUGAAGUUAUUGAAACACCAAAUGAAAUUUAUAUUGUUACUGAAUAUGCACCCGGUGGAGAACUUUAUACACGUAUAACAAAACAAGGAAAAUUUAUUGAAGAUGAAGCCAAACCUAUAUUUGCUCAAAUAACUGCAGCUGUUGAUCAUGUGCAUAAAAAAGGUAUUAUUCAUCGUGAUAUUAAAAGUGAAAAUGUAUUUUUUGCUAAAGAACGUUUAAUAAAAUUGGGUGAUUUUGGUUUUAGUACAUUUUCAGAAAAAAAUCAAACAUUAACGACAUUUUGUGGUAGCCCACCUUAUGCAGCUCCAGAAUUAUUUCGUGAUGAAAAUUAUAUUGGAAUUUAUGUAGAUUUAUGGGCUAUGGGAAUUUUACUUUAUUUUAUGGUUACCGGUUUAAUGCCAUUUCGAGCAGAAAAUGUUGGUAAAUUAAAAAAAUCUAUCCUCGAGGGACAUUAUUCAAUACCAAUACAUGUAUCAGAUGAAUGUCAACAACUUAUACGAGGUCUUCUUCAUCCUGAAGCUGUUCAACGCUGGUCGAUAGAACAGAUACGUUCAUGUUCAUGGCUUAGUAAUCAAAAUUUUCCUAAUGAACUUGAACCACUCCCACUAAAUUUAACGAACUUUUGGACAUCUGUAAAUAAAGAUUUAAGUAAAAAUGAAAGUACAAAUAAUAUACAUAAUCCUACACCACCAACAUCAUCAUUUGAAUCUGAAGCUCAUUCAAAAUUAGAAGAUUUAGGCAUAACAAGUGAAUUAUUACAAACAACAACUAAAAAUUCAAAUAAUAAAUUUCUUUCCAAUCGUGAUAGUAUUAAUGGUACAUAUCGUAUUAUUUUACAUCGUUUACAAAAACAAUCAAAUCCAAUUGAACGCGAUGAAUUUUAUGGUAAAACAGUUAAUGAAGAUUUAUCAACAUCAUGGGGUCGUUCAAUGUCGGUUAUUGGCGAACCCGGUGGACGAAAAGAUUCGUUUGGAAAACCCAGUAGUGUUUCAUAUGGAGGAACAGGUGUAAAAUCAAAACGAAAUAACACUCAUAAACGUCAAUUAACAGGUAUAAAUGCUCAACAAUCGACGAAAGUCUGCAUGAUUUUAUGA